AUGUCAUCAAAUUGGCAGCCCUCCCAAGAGGGGCUCACCGAGCUCGUCCAGCUCUUUCGAGACUCGCAGAGCCCUCAGAUGGAUGUGCAAGAGAGAAUCGCUCAGCGCCUUGAUACCGUCGGCCAGAUCCCAGAUUACGCAAAUUAUUGUGUCUUCACCUUGACAUCUCUCACGACCGAAGACCUUGCGACCCGUUCCGUCGCAGGUCUCAUCCUCAAGAACCACAUUCUCUUCCACAAUGACCUCAUCUCGCCCGAAUCCUUCGAAUAUGUCAAGCAGGCCAUCAUCCCCGCUCUCAGCUUGCCCGAAGACAUGCUCCGUCGCACAGCUACCCAAGUCGUCUCCAUGCUCAUGACCAUCCUCACCCCACAAGGUUGGCCAGAAGGUCUCUCCAAGCUCGGCGAACUCAUGGCUUCUCAAAACAUCGACGAAGCAGAAGGUGCCUUUAGCUCGUUAGCCAAGAUCUGCGAAGAUAUCCCACGCGAGCUCGAACUCUGCGAACUCAACGGUGUCAAGCCUAUCGACAUUCUCAUCCCCAAAUUCAUUCAGGCUACUCAGCACAACGAUCCACGCCUCCGAAUGCACGCGCUCAACUGUCUCAACCAAUUCGUCCAGAUCGGUUCGGCCGCGUUGCAAAACCACAUCGAUACUUUCCUGGCUGCUCUCUUCAAGCGUGCCAGUGACGAAAGCGCCAAUGUCCGCAGAUACGUCUGUCAGGCUUUGGUGCUCAUCCUAGGUGUUCGACCAGAUAAGCUCAUUCCAGAGAUGGACAACCUCGUCGAAUACAUGCUCUACUCAACCCAGGACAAGGACGACGAUGUCUCGUUGGAAGCAUGCGAGUUCUGGCUUCAGUUUGCCGAAGAACCUUCGCUCAAAGACAAGCUUCGUCCUUAUCUUUCCAAAGUCGCACCCGUCUUGCUCAAAGGAAUGGUCUACAACGAGCUCGACCUGCUCAUGCUUGGUGGUGAUGAGGAUGAUGCCGCUGUGCCAGAUCGUGCGGAAGAUAUCAAGCCAAGACAUUACGGUGGUGGUACACAUAGAAAUGAGCAUCUUGACGAUGCUGCUGCCAAUGGAGGCGCAUCCGGUACGGGCAAGUCGCGAGCUGCGAUUGAGGCACAGGAUGAUGACGAGGAUGACUACGACGAGGAUGAAGACGAUGAAGAAGACGACGAUGGUAUUUCCGAUUGGAACUUGCGCAAGUGUUCAGCAGCAGCUCUCGAUGUGAUGGCAGUCAACUUUGGCGACGAGCUUCUGGAGAUCCUCUUGCCUUACUUGAAAGAGAGGCUGUUCAGCCAAGAUUGGUUGCAGCGUGAAUGCGGUAUCCUUGCUCUCGGUGCCAUCGCCGAGGGAUGCAUUGCUGGCAUUCAGCCUCACUUGCCAACUUUGGUGCCCUUCUUGAUCAAUAGUCUGAAGGACUCGAAACCUCUCGUUCGUUCCAUCACCUGCUGGACACUUGGUCGCUAUUCGAGUUGGUGUGUUGCAGCCGAGACUCCUGAACAUCAGCAGCAGUUUUUCGUUCCCGCCAUGGAAGGUUUGCUCAACAUGGUACUCGAUAACAACAAACGUGUUCAGGAAGCCGGUUGUAGUGCCUUUGCGACGCUCGAAGAAGAAGCAGGUCGAAAUCUGGAACCUUUCCUGGAACCAGUACUCAAGACUCUCGUAUUUGCCUUUGACAAAUACCAGCAAAAGAACCUACUUAUACUCUACGACGCCUUGGGAACUCUUGCCGACUCGGUUGGCUCUGCAUUGAAUCGUCCAGAAUACGUCGAAAUCGUCAUGCCACCAUUGAUCGCCAAAUGGCAAGGGUUGCACGAUACAGACCCGGAUCUGAUCCCUUUACUCGAAUGCAUGUCAUCCGUGACCAUUGCAGUUGGACCUGGAUUCCUCCCCUACUCUCCCCCCGUUUUCCAACGUUGCGUUGGUAUUGUGCAUGACAAUCUGGCCGCAGCGGAAGCAGAAUCCCAAAAACCAGCAAUGGAACAAGACAUACCCGAUCGAACCUUUAUCAUUGUCGCUCUCGACCUUCUUAGUGGUUUGACACAAGGUCUCAACACAGCAGUGAGAGAUCUUGUUGCUGGCUCCCAACCAUCGCUCUUACCUCUAUUGGGACAUUGCAUCACCAACGUCGAAGCACCCGUCCGGCAAUCUGCAUACGCACUGUUGGGUGAUUUGGCAAUUUCCUGCUUCGACCUACUCAAACCAUUCCUACCGCAACUCAUGCCGGAGUUGAUAAGACAAAUCGAACCGGAACCGAAGAUCGAGAACGUCUCGGUAUGCAACAAUGCUGCUUGGGCUGCCGGGGAGAUUGCAUUGCAGUAUGGAUCCUCGGAUCCUGAACUGGCACAGUGGGUUGAGGAGCUUGUUAAGCGUCUUGUGCCCGUGCUUUUGUCGACGAAAUCGGUCAAGUCGCUUUCCGAGAAUGCCGCGGUGACGAUUGGGCGUUUAGGCUUGGUCCAGCCGGGAUUGGUAGCACCGCAUUUGCAUGUGUUUAUUGAGUCUUGGUGUCAAGCUCUAUGGGACAUUAAAGAUAACGAUGAGAAGGAUUCCGCCUUCAGGGGCUUGUGCGAGAUGAUUCAGGUCAACCCAAACGGUGCUGCCAAGGGAUUUGUUUAUUUCUGUAACGCGGUGGUACGAUGGAGCACUCCAAGUGCAGAGUUGAACGAGAUGUUUGGCAAGAUCUUGACCGGUUUCAGGGAGAUGAGUGGAGAUGAGUGGGAGGUUCAGAAACAACAGUUUCCUCCCGUCAUUGUCCAGAGGUUGGCUGAUCGGUAUGGGUUGUAA